GAGAGGAAAAUGCAUCAUCUGCCUUCUUCUGGCAGAGCCUCCUGCAUCCUGCAGGUUUUAGGCAUUUACAGCAGAGAUCUCCUGUGUGGGCUGGCUUUCAGUGCAAGAUUUAAAUGGCCUCUCCUUCACUGCUUCUGUUUUAUUUCUAGGACUUUUGGAGAUGUUUGUAGAGCGCUUAUCAAUGCCACAGGAGGAGAGGUGGCCAUAAAGAAAAUAAAUCUUCAAGGACUGAGGAAGAAGGAACUAAAAGUCAAUGAACUCACGGUCAUGAAAAUGAAUAGGAAUCCGAGUCUAGUCAACUAUUUAGAGAGCUACCUUCUGGGUGAGGAACUCUGGCUGGUUAUGGAGUACAUGGAUGGAGGCACUCUGAGCGACAUCAUCAGCAAGACCCACCUGUCUGAAGAUGAGACAGGAGCCAUCAGUCGGGAGUGCCUGCGAGGACUGGAUUUUCUCCACUCAAACCACGUGAUCCACCAAGAUGUGAAGAGUGGCAACAUCCUUUUCAGAACCGAUGGCUCUGUCAAGCUGGCUGACUUUGGCCUCUUUGCUCAGCUCACCUCCGAGCAGAGCAGGCAGAGCUCCGUGGCCAGCACUCCUGGGUGGAUGGCUCCUGAAGUGCUGACAGGUCAACCAUAUGGCCCCAAAGUGGACAUAUGGUCUUUUGGAAUCGUGGGCAUCGAAAUGGUGGAACGAGAAGUUCCUUACUGGAAUGCCACUCCUGUCUUGGCUAAGCUCCUGACAGCCAGGGGAGAGAGACCACGGCUGCGGCAGCCCAACCGAUUCUCGCCUUGCCUGCGAGACUUCCUGAGCUGCUGCCUGCAGAGAGAUGAGGCGCGGCGCUGGUCUGCCAAGGAGCUCCUGCAGCAUCCAUUUGUAACUUCAGCCAAGCCAGCGUCCAUCCUUGGACCACUCGUCAGUUCAGUAAGGAAGAAGAAGGAGACAAGAAUGUAAAAAUCAAGAUGUUAUCUCCCUAAGUAACUUAGAGUAGGAUUGUAGAGUUGCAAUUGUUGAAUACUUUUGUAGUAUAGGUUUAUAGAGUAGGAUUGGUAUUAAAUAAAGUUUCUUAAACAUCAA